AGGGACUGUUGUGGUUGGAUUUAGCCUUUUUCUCACGACAGCAGGCUCUGUAACAUUUUAUCUUUAUCAGACCGAAUAAUAGCAAACGCGGGCGGAUUGCGGCUGGAGGAGAAGCUCGUUGGAACAGAGGAAAGCGGUGGGCCAGGUGACUCCAGGCAGACAGCAUGAGCUCUAAAGGAGGCGGCACCGCUCUGACCCGUCGCAACUACAGACUGGCCUCAGACACAGACAAACCUAGAGCCACAGGUAUAGUCAAUGAGAAGUUGCUGAGCGACUACCUGCACCAUGUGUUUCCUUCCACCAAACAGGGACCUGCACUGGCCUCCCUCAGGAAGCCUCUUGGUUUCCAGGAUCUUGGUUCUCACCUGGAAAGAUUGUUGUCUGAGGGAGAAUCCACUGAGGACAGCCGAGAUCAGCCUGUUGAAGGUCGUCUGGGUCCUCAGCCGGUCGUCCUGGAUCACACCAGCGGCUUUGAAGGACUCCUGUUUGUAGAUGAUGAUCUGCUGGGGGUCAUCGGCCACAGUAACUUCAGCUCCAUCAGAGCCACCACAUGUGUUUACAAAGGGAGGUGGGCCUACGAGGUGCUGAUCUCCUCUCAGGGUCUGAUGCAGAUCGGCUGGUGUACUCUGAACUGUCGCUUCAACCAGGAGGAGGGUGUUGGGGACACUCCUGACUCUUACGCUUACGAUGGAAACAGAGUCAGAAAGUGGAACGUGACGACCACGAAUUAUGGGAAGUCGUGGGCGGCAGGAGACAUCGUCAGCUGCCUGAUAGACCUGGACGAGGGAACCAUCACAUUCUGCCUGAACGGUCAGUCUCUGGGGACAGCCUUCACCAGCAUUAAGAUGGGACCAGGUGUAGCUUACUUUCCUGCCAUCAGUCUGUCCUUCAAAGAGUCGGUGGCUUUUAACUUCGGCAGCAGACCGCUCAGGUACCCUGUGGAUGGCUACCUGCCCCUCCAGAACCCCCCGACUUCAGACCUGAUGAAAGCUCACAAACUGCUGGGCUACAUCAAGAAUGUCCUGUCCACCGCCAUCGAUGCACAGGAGGACAGGCUGCUGGAGAAAGACUGUGCAGUCUGGAGGCUUCAUGGAGAACCCACAGUCCUCGUCACGCUUGCUCACAUCUUCAACCACUUCGCUCCGCUCAUGUGUAAAGUCUACCUGGUGGAGGACGUGUUGAUGAACUUCCUGUUGGGGAUUCUGGAGGGAGGAGGUUCAGUCGAUGAACACCCGUUAAUUCAGCAGCUUCUGGAUCUGUUCUGGCUACUGAUGGAGGACUAUGAAGUGAGCGAGUGUUUGAAGCAGCUGAUGAUGUCUCUUCUGAGGGCGUAUCGCUUCUCCCCCAUCAUCCCUGACCUGGGCUUCCAGAUCCACUACCUGCGCCUGACCACGGCCAUCCUGCACCACGAGAAGUCCAGGAAGUACCUGCUCAACAACGUCUUGUUCGAUGUUCUGCGCUCAGUUGUGUUUUUCUACAUCAAGACUCCUCUGAGAGUGAAGGAGGCGGGGCUGGAGGAGCUCAUCCUGACCACCUGGUGGCCCACACACUUUGACAAAGAGGGGAAAGACGAGCGAGAACCUGCAGAUGAAAGCGCUGACGAACGACUGAGGCGCCGAGCGUACGAGAGGGGCUGCCAGAGACUGAAGAAGAGGAUCGAAGUGGUGGAGGAGCUGCAGGUCCAGAUCCUGAAGUUACUGCUGAAUAACAAAGACAAGAGUUCGGGAGAAGCCUCUCGCUACAUUUUCCUCAACAAGUUCAGGAAGUUUCUCCAGGAAAACGCCAGCAACAGAGGGCACCCCACAGCUCUCUGCCCUCCAGAGUACAUGGUGUGUUUCCUCCACCGCCUCAUAACCGCGGUGAGGGCCAGCUGGGACGACGGCCACAGGAAGAAUCCAGGCAGCGUCAGCAGUGAAGAGGCCUACAUCCCUCCACAGCUCUUCUAUAAUGGCAAGGUGGACUACUUUGACCUGCAGAGACUGGGGGGGCUCCUGUCCCACCUGAAGAAAACACUCAAAGAUGACUUGGCCAGUAAAGCCAACAUUAUCAUCGACCCUGCAGAGAUUCAGGCCACGUCUAUGGAUGACCUGGACGAGGACGAGGAGAGCGGAGCAGCACAGAGGCCGUUUGGUGCGGCGGCCAUGGGCGGAGCUCUGGCGAGGCCCAGCUGGUUGAGCUCUCCCACUCUGGGUCGGGCCAAUCGUUUCCUGAGCACGGCCGCCGUCAGUCUCAUGACGCCCAGACGGCCCCUCACGCAGCCGGAGAAGGUGAAAGUUCGUACCCUCGCCGUGGAGCAGAGGACUGAGGAGGACAUCGAGGGCAGCCACGGUAACGACGGCCUGUUGCUGGGGCGACCGCUGGAGGAGCCCGAUCAGCCGAUCGCAGACAAGUCCCUCCUGGAGAUUGUUGACGGGAUCGUGAUGAUGUACAACCUGAGUGUUCAUCAGCAGCUGGGGAAGAUGGUCGUGGUUUCAGACGACGUCCACGAAUACGCCGUCGCGCUGAAGGACACCGAGGAGAAGAUCGCACGCUGCCCGGCCAGAAGACCAGACAUCCUGGAGGAGCUCCAGAAAAGCCAGAAGGUUUUUGCAGAGAAGCUGAACCACCUCAGCAGGAGACUGGCCUGGAUCAACGCCACCAUCUACUCCAAGGACAAGAUGUUGGAUGUGUACUGGCUGCUGUGCGUUUGCAUUCGGACCAUCGAACACGCCGACAACACGGGCUCUUUGUUCGCCUUUGCUCCAGAGUUCUACCUCAACGUGGCCAUGAAUGCGUACAGCGCCCUGAAGAACUACUUCAGCCCUGCUAACAGCAUGGAGGAGCUCCCAGGCUACGAAGAAACCUUGACUCAACUCGCUGCUAUCCUCGCCAAGCACUUUGCAGAUCCUCGAAUAGUAGGCACAGAUAUCAAAGACUCUCUGAUGCAGGCCCUGGCCAGCUACGUCUGUUACCCACAAUCCCUCAGGGCAGUGGAGAGGAUCCCAGAGGAACAACGUGUUGCCAUGAUGAGGAAUCUGCUGGCUCCCUAUGAACAGAGACCCUGGGCUCAGACCAACUGGAUCCUGGUCAGACUGUGGAGGGGUUGUGGUUUCGGCUACAGAUACACUCGUCUUCCUCACCUGCUGAAAACCAAACCCGAGGACGCCAACCUGCCCAGCCUGCAGAAGCCGUGUCCGUCGCUGCUGCUGCAGAGACACAUGGCGGAGCUGCUGAGCACGGACAAAGACAUGGCCGCCUCGUUCCUCAACAGCGUCCUGAACCAGCUCAACUGGGCUUUCUCCGAGUUCAUCGGCAUGAUCCAAGAGAUCCAGCAGGCUGCAGAACGUCCGGAGAGAAACUUUGUGGACACUCGUCAGCUGAAGGUGUGCGCGACCUGCUUCGACCUGUCGGUCAGCCUGCUGCGAGUGCUGGAGAUGACGGUCACUCUGGUGCCAGAGAUCUUCCUGGACUGGUCCCGCCCCUCUGCAGAGCUGCUCCUCAGACGAUUGGCUCAGCUGCUGAACCAGGUGUUAAACAGAGUGACAGCAGAGAAGAACCUGUUCGAUAGAGUGGUCAACCUGAGACUGCCAGGUCUGGAGAGUGUAGACCACUACCCCAUCCUGGUAGCUGUGACAGGGAUCCUGGUCCGGAUCCUGGUGGACGGGCACAGACAGGGGAUAUCUCGAGCUGCCUCCGUCCUGCUGUCUGACCCCUGUUUCCAGCUUCACUCCAUCCAGCACCUGUUAGGAGAGGGUGGAGACUCCUCCAGCUCGUCAGCAGCCAUCACCUCCACCGCCCGUCCGGUAGUCGGGUCUUUGGGGUCGUCCGUGACCCCUCCGAUACCUUCAGCCGCCGGAAGCGCGGCCUCUUCAGAGCGCAAACACUUCUCUCUGCACGCAUACACAGACUACAUCAGCGAGGAGGAGAAGCAGAAGGUGGAGCUGAUGUUGGCGUUUCUCACCGAGGAGUCCAAACAGGCGGCGGCCAGCACAGCCCCGACCAGUGAAGAAGACCUCUGCCCCAUCUGCUACGCUCACUCCAUCUCUGCCAUCUUCAAGCCCUGCUCCCACAAGUCCUGCAAAGCCUGCAUCAACCAGCACCUGAUGAACAACAAGGACUGUUUCUUCUGCAAGGCCACCAUCACCGGGGUCGAGGACUACAGCAAGCCUGCCACCUCCUAACACACACGCACUCACUUACACACACAUGCACACACGCACACACACACACACACAGUGACCACACAUCAGUGAACCCAAAGACCCUCAGUCUGCUCUGGACGUUUGUCGUUUCCACAGAUUCCUGAACUGAAGACAAGAUGAACUGAACUCAGACUGAAACUGAAGCAGCUCAGUGUGUGUGUGUGUGUGUGUGUGUGUGUGUGUGUGUGUGUGUGUGGUAAAACGUGCUGAAAGAACCAGAUGAACAGUUUGAAAUGAAAGAAGUGAUGGAGUGCAGCAGCUCUCCACACACUGUAUUGAUCACACACACACACACACACUCUCUCUCUCUCUCUCUCUCUCACACACACACACACACACACACACCUAGUAAAAUGUUUUAGAUUGGUGGUUUCCAACCUGAGGGUUAGGACCUCCCAGCGGGUCUCCAGAUACAUCUGAGGGGUCCAACAUGAUUAAAUGUGUUUUUAAAUCCCUGAAAGUGAAACACGUGACGAGACUUCUGUGGCUGAUGUGCUCAAACUGUGAUGAUGAAGAUGAGGAGGAGGAGGAUAAGUACAUGGUAUUUAUUUAACAGAAGUAUUUACUCUAAAGUUGGAAACCAGUUUUAUUUAUCUGACACAAUCAGCCAGACUUCACUCUGAAUAUAAAACACACUUCAUUGAACAAAACCUUCCUGAUUCAUCUGUUCCAACAAUCAGCACAUCUCUGAUUGGCUGAAAGAAACUCUGAAUUCAGCCAAUCAGGAGUCAGAGAGAGGGCAGAGAAACAUUGUGUAGAGUCAAAACAUUUUUUAUUUUCAGCUGCUGUUCCGACCGGAGAGGUUUAAAUAUGUGGACAGGUCGUGUGUCGGUCGUUCAGCGUGAGUCCAGCAUGGCUGCUGUCCCGCCCCCCCACUGCACUGAGCUGGUUUUAAUGCUCCUGCUGCAAAGCUUUAGACCAAUCAGAGCGUUCUGCAGCGUCAGAUUUCUUCUUCUGCUGCUUUUCUCUCUUUCUGUCGUCAUUCAGGACGUCGUCGACCUGUUUGGAUAAACUUUAUUGAAACUGUCAAACCGAUCGGGGCUCACUGUUUACGAUCAGUGUGAGCUCCACCUGGUGGCUGGGCGGAAGACGUACAGCGUCGCUCCGGUUUAACAUCACAAACAGGUAAACACGUUCACACCUGCAGGUCACUUACAGUCUUUUAGUCCCUGCACGUUGUCUGCGAGGAAAUGCACGAAUACAUGAAGAGAACAUGAAAACUUCACGUGCACGGACCUCAGUCGGGUUAAAUCUACAAACAAAAUGCAAAAUUUAAACCUGUGUUGGUUUCAGGGUUCGUUUCUCUGCUGACGAGACCUGCGAGCAGCUUUAGAUCCACAUCAUGAACACCAGUUAUACUGCAGCUGCUGAAAACAGGACACAGGCUGCAAAAACCGAAGGAAACUUCAUGUAGACACACACACACAUGCACACGCACACACACACCUGUACAGGAUGGCAGGCAUGUACCAUAUACUGUAUCACGUUACCUCUGUGGAGACACAGCGACACACACACAGGCAGGGAACAAUGGAAACUCAUACCUCACCUGAACCCUAUGGAUGAGCUGCAGACCUGACGGGUCAGCGGGCCCCUGAACAUGUCUGUGCCCAGGGGCCCCCGAUCUCACAAUCCACCCAUGUCUGAACCUACAGGUACCUGCCACACCUGAGUACUGUAAAUAUGAUCAAAUACACACUACUGGUGCAGGGAGAAGGUUCACAGCCAUGACUACAGACUGUAAGACGUCAGUUUUCUUUCUAAGAUUUUCACAAAUGCAGUUUGAAAACACACACACACACACACACACACACACACUCUCUCUCUCUCUCUUUUGAUAAAGUCACUGUAAUCUAAUGGAAAGCUGUCUAGAAAUCAGCUUUCUCUUUAAAGCAGCAGUCUCGUGUUCAGACUGACUCCGCUCUCGUGUUUGAAGGAUAAGCAGUCAGUUAGCUUAGCUUAGCAUAAAGACUGGAAACGGGGAAACCUGCCGACUGGCUGCAGCUUCAUGUUUAUUUCCAUGUUAAAGGCAGAAUGAGCAGGAAGACACAUAUCACACACAUGUCUCACUCAUCCUGUCUGCAGAGACGCUGUCCUCUGCCUGAGGACACCCCGUGGCUGUGUCGCCUCCAGCCAAUAGCAGCGCAGGGAGUGAGGGCUGCAGGUGUGCUGAUGCCACAGGUGUCAGUGUUCUCUCAUUCUGCCUUUAAAGGUUUCCUGAACGCCCCGCUGUGUAAAACAGAUAAAUAUUAUUGUCCAUCGUCUUUAAACGCAGCGUUCAGACGGAUCUGCAGUCAUUUUCUACAAAUUAAAGGGAAAGUUGGUCUAAAAUAAACGUUUGUCUCAGAGAGAAGGACGAGGAUGGAGGAAGGUGGAGCGGGUGUGUAACCUCCCUGCUGUCGGGCUUCGUUUCAGGGCUUCUGACUGCUCGUCAUGUCUGUUUGAUAAGAAGAAAGCAAAGUGAACAAAGAAAGUGCAAACAGAUGUUUGAAAUGUCCAGAAAGUAUAAAUUGAAAAGCUAAAAAAUGGAUCAAGAGGCUGAAUCUGAAAGAGAAAAAGAAUCAGAUGGGAAGUUUUUAGUUUCCACUUCGAUUCGUUUGGUCUUUCUGACGUCCUGUUUUCAGUUCUGAUCGUUCGGCCUCGAGGACAAACUGGAAGAGUUUGAGCGCUCAGGUCUGAAAGGAAAACAAACUAAUGAAAUUAUAAAUAAAGAAACGACAAACUGAUGUUUUGAUUUUCAAAAUGUUUGAAAAACUAAAUGAAACAAACACAAAGACUUAAUUUCAUUGAUUUUCUCUUUCAGAUUCAUUCUGACACACCGUGUGUGUGUGUGUGUGUGUGUGUGUGUGUGUGUGUGUGUGUGUGUGUGUGUGUGUGUGUGUGUGUGUGUGUGUCGCUCUCUGAUGGGUGUG